AAUUCGAAGUCGCACGAUCUUUUCAAUUCAUUGUUCACUGGGUAAGAGUAAAUUGACGUGCAGUUCGAUCUAUUGUUUCCGUUUACUAUAUUACAUUAUUCCGUAAUAAACAAGCUAAAUUCGUAUAUUUUGAACGAUGUCACGAAUAAGGAGACUUUCUAUUCGUGGUAUUCGUAAUUUUGGCGAUCCGGAUGAUGAAGCUAAGAUUCGAUUUUCUCGUCCUUUGACACUUAUUCUUGGUCCAAAUGGUACUGGAAAAACGACAAUUAUCGAAGCUCUAAAAUUUGCUACUUGCGGUGAAUUUCCACCUGGUUCAGAUCGAGGAAAAUUUUUUAUUCAUGAUCCAACUCUAUCGGCGACACCAUCGGUCCGAGGUGUUGUAAAAGCUGAAAUAAUUGAUGCAGCAGGUAAUAUGUACAUAAUAUGUAGAACGAUAGAGUCAACAAAAGGAAAUGUGUCAAUGAAAUUUAAAACUCUCGAUAAUGCUUUAACCAGAAUAAUGAAAGGUCAAAAUAAGCCAGUAUCAAUAUCUAAUAAAUGUGCUAAUGUUGAUACAGAACUUACAUUAGCAAUGGGAGUUUCAAAACCCAUUUUGGAUUAUGUGAUCUUUUGUCACCAAGAAGAUCUCAAUUGGCCUUUCCAAGACGGCAAAAAAUUAAAAGAAAAAUUUGAUGAGAUUUUUGAUAGCGCUAGAUUUAAUAAAGCUCUUGAAAACAUUAUGAAAUAUAUCAAAGAUAUGAAUCAAAAGAUGCAUAUAUUGAAAGAGCAAAAACAAAAUUGCCAACUUAUUGUUAAUGAAGUAGUAGAUAAAGAAGCAAAACUUGAAGAUAAUAAAAAACGAUUGGAAGAUUCUAAAACCAAAAUUGAGGAAUUUGAUAAAGAAUUAGAACCUGUGCAGCAGAAAAUUAAAAAAUUUGAAAAAUUAGAUGCUGAUUACAAAAAUCUGCAAAAUGAAGAAAAGAGGAAAAAAGCAGAAUAUGACAUGUUCAAACAACAACUGGAUAGAUUAGAAGAAGAUUUACAAUAUGUAUUUGAAGGGACUAAAGAAGAAUUAUUAAAGCAGAUAGAAUCGCAUGGUGAAGAAUUAAUAGGACAAACUGACAAAAUAGAAGAGCUCGAGAAAAGAUUAAAAAAUAUUGCUGGAAAAGAGUCUGGCAUAUCAAAUGAUUUAUCUAAUGAAAGAGUAUCCAAUGGUUCUUUAAGACAACAAAUUAAAGAUCAAGAAAGGAAGGUUAAUCUUCGCAAUGCAAUAUUAAAUGAAAUAUUAUCUUCUUGGAAUCUUGAUAACAUUGAUACAAAUGUAUCAGAAUUAGAAAUAAUGGCCCUUACUAGCAGGCUAACUGAAAAGAUGGAAGAACUACGGCAUUGCGUAGAACAGAAAAGAUUGAAAAGAGAAGAAGAAGAAAAUGCAUUACACAGAGCAAUUGAUGCUUUACGUAGCAAACAUUCAAAAGUAGAAUCAGAAAAAAAUCUUAAAGAAAGUGAAGUAACACAAACAAAAGAAGAAAUUAAUAAAAUAAAAUUGGAUAUUAUACAGCUUGGUGCAGCAACAAGUAAACUAAGUUCCAUUGAAUUAAGAAUACAAGAAGUACAGAAAAAAGUUCAGGAAUUAAAUGAAGCAAUGGAUGUGAAUGUUGUGAAAAAAGAAGUUGUUAACAAAAUUAAGAUUCGGAAUGAAAUGGAAACACUUCUAAAUACGGUUGAUGAAGAAAUAGCUUUAUUAUCGAAACAGAGUAUGCAGCAAGCUGAAUUAGAUUUAAAUAAAUCUACAUUGCAUUCUAAAGAAAAAGAAAUAGAAGAAUUAAAGAACAAACGUGAAAAAGAAAUAAUGACUUUGUUUGAUAUUAAAGAACUAUCCCAAACUAAAUUAAAAACUAAUUUAGACGUGGUUCAAAAACAAUUGGCGAAUGAAAUGGAAUCUGUUAACCAAGAAAUUCAGGCAGAAGAACGUCGAAUAACUACAUUAGAAACAACAAUAUCACAUAUUGAACAUGAGCUUCAAAAUAAAAAAAGAGAAAUAAAUUCGGAUAAAGAAAAAGUUUCAUCAGUUUGUCACUACAAAAGUUUUGAUGAGACUUUAUUAUUACAAUCGAAAAAAGUAAAAGAUCUUCAAGACAAAAGGGGAAUGUAUGCUCAUCAAAGUGUAGCUUAUAAAGAGUAUAUGAAACAAUUAAGAGAAACAAAUCCUUCUUGUCCUCUAUGCCAUAGAGAUUUUGACGAACGUGAAAAUGUUGCAACUUUAUUAAAAGAAAUGGAAAGUGAAAUGGAAAAUCAUCCAAAUCGUUUGAGGGAAUGUGAAAGAGAAUUAAAAACACAACAGGAAAAAUAUGAUAAAAUGUUGCAAUUAAAACCGGUCGUUGAAAAAAUAAUACAAUUAGAAGAGAGUGAAUUAGAAAAAUUAAUGAAUAGUUUAGAAAAAUCAAAAAAUAAGUUGAGUAUAUCUCGAACAAUUGUAAUGGAAUUAGAAACGAAAAAAUCUUGUCCUAAAAAAAAAUUAUCAAUAUGCAAAGAUAUCGUAGGUGAUAUUAUGUUAUGGGAUACAUACAUUGAUGACAUUUUCAAACUGAAACAAACAAUUGAUAACUUACAGAUUCGUAUGACUGCUGCAGGCAUUAAGACUAAACGUAGCCUUGAGGAAGCUCAAAGUCAAAGAGAAGAGUUGAAAAUGUCUUUAAAAAAUAUUCGCGAUAAUAUUGAAGAAUUACAAUCUAAAAUAAAUAUACAUAAUGAAAAAUUAAAUAAUGCUCGACAAGAACAAAAUACAUUACAGGAGGAGCAAUUAAAGAUCCAAUCAGAUAUACAAAAAGUAAAAGAAUUGAAGGAAAAACAGGAAACCUUGUACUCAAAAGAAAUUUCUCUUUGGAAAUCAAUUAAUAUGUUGAAGAAGCAAGUAACUAUAGCAGAAACCGAAUUAAUUUCAGAGCUUGAGAAAUUAGAAGAAAAGAGGAAAGAUAAUUCGGCGAAACUGGAAUGUGAUAGAAAAUUGGUAACAGAUGCAGUUAGACGUUUAUCUGAAUUACAAAGAAUACAGGAUGAGGUUGAUAUUUCCGUAUACAGUAAUGUUCCCGAAUCUUUAGAAAGCUCUGAAAAAAAAAUAAAAGAUUAUGAAAAGUUGCUUAAUGAACUGCUUUGUGAAAAAAGUGAUAUAGAAACAACGAUUAAUAAAUUAAAGGAAAAUGUUACUCGUCAAGAAGUUCGAAAAAGGGAGUUGUCAGAUAAUCUUGCACUGCUGCAAAUUCAGGAAACAACCAAAGAUUUACAACAACAAUAUUUAAGAAUAAAGGAGAAAUUGAAUGCUAUAAAUUAUUCUCAAGUACUUAACGACUGGAAGAUUGUACAAAAUAGAGAACAAACUAUACUCCGUCAGCAAAAUAUAAUUAAGGGAAAUCAAGAAGAAUUGGAAAGAACACUGCAGCAAUAUAUGCAAGAACUAAAAAAGGAUAUAUAUAGACAAGCUCGUAAAAAUUAUAAAAGCAAAUGCAUCGAAUUAACGGUUAUAGAAGAAGCUAUAUUAAACUUAAAAGCAUAUAGCAAAGCAUUGGAUGUGGCUAUGAUACAAUAUCAUGAAGAGCGUAUGGCCACAGUUAAUAGAAUCAUUAAACAAAUGUGGAAACUUGUAUAUACUGGGAAAGAUACAACAUCAAUAGAAAUUCAUACAGACGCAACCGAAGGGAUAGGUAGCACAAGAAGAACAUAUAAUUACAAAUUAGUUCAAAUAAAACAUGGUCAUGAAAUAGAUAUGAAAGGUCGCUGUAGUGCUGGUCAAAAAGUUCUAGCAUCGAUAAUUAUAAGACUCGCUUUAGCAGAAACAUUUUGUAAAGAUUGCGGGAUUCUCGCAUUGGAUGAACCAACAACAAAUUUGGAUCAAGAAAAUGCUGAUAGUCUAGCAGAAGCGUUGGCUACGGUUGUCAAAUUGCGAUCACAACAUCAGAAAAAUUUUCAGUUAAUUGUAAUUAGUCACGAUGAGAAAUUUUUAUUCAAAUUAGCUGAAUUAAAUAGUAAUAAAGGAUUUUAUCAACUUUAUCGUAAACAAACCGGUUACACAGCAAUUAGACAUUGUCUAAUGAACAGUCAAGAUCGUAUUACGUCAGAUCCUAUAAAACAAGAAUCUGAUGAAGAGGAGUCGUCUAAUGAAGAAAGUGAAGAACGUUUCAUCUUACAAGAUAAAUUACACGAAACAACUUCGCAAAGAAAAGCUCCUAACGAGCAAACACAUAAGAAAAGAAGACAUAUUUCGGAUGAUGAUGCUGAUCCUUCUAUUGAAAGCACAACAUCAAAAAAAAGAUAUAUAUUUCAAUAAAUUGUUCUUAUAUAACUUAAAUAAACUAUAAAUUACUAUUUGCAUAACUAAAACAUAGAAUUAAAGAUUAUUUUUUAUAAAUAAAAUUUCUCUUAUUAUGUU